CAUUCUGUGUUCAAUUUGAUUCUUUUUUGGGUAAUUUUGUGUCUUUUCUGACAAAUCCCAAAGUAUCAAGUUGUUCCUUUCCAAGGAGUCUCUGGCUUGAAGCUGACUGUUACACACUCAGGAGGUCAGAAUGGACCUUUAGACUGAUAGCAAAGCACUUAGAUUAAAAGUUACAAUAAAAUAUAAAAAAUAUAUAUAAAUGCACAGACAGAGAGAUGUUUUAGUUGUUGUCUGCUUCAUUAUUGGUCCAAAAUGUUGUCAGUGUUUCAUGAGUGUGUUGUUUGUCUUUCUCCAGGUAGAGAAGAGGCUCCUUGUCCCAGACCAGUGAAGAGAUAAUAUAAUAUAUAUAAAUAUAUAUAUAAUAUCUAAUAAGUGUUGGUGUGUGAGGGCGGCCAUGGUGAAGACGUAGAGCUGCAGAGAGCGGCGCCGCCAUGUUGCCAGGAGUGGGCGUGUUCGGGACGGGCAGCACGGCCCGGGUGCUGGUCCCGCUGCUGAAGGCUGAAGGCUUCGAGGUCCAUGCGCUGUGGGGACGCAGCGAGGAGGAGGCCUGCUGCCUGGCUCAAGAGCUGGGCAUCCCCUUCCACACCAGCCGCUCCGACGACGUGCUGCUGCACCAAGACGUAGACCUGGUCUGCAUCUACAUCCCCCCCUCCAUGACCAGGCAGAUCGCUGUCAAAGCCCUGGGUAUCGGUAAGAAUGUGGUGUGUGAGAAAGCGGCCACUGCUGUCGAUUCCUUCAAGAUGGUGACAGCAGCCAGGUAUUACCCCCAGCUGCUGAGCAUUAUGGGUAACACGCUGCGCUUCCUGCCAGCCUUCGUGGCGAUGCGGCGGCUGCUGGUGGAGGGAUACGUUGGCGAGCUGCAGGUGUGUGACGUGCGCGUGUACGGCGCCAGCCUGCUGGACCAAUCGUACGGCUGGACGUGCGAGGAGCUGAUGGGGGGCGGCGGCCUGCACACGGUGGGCUCCGCCCUCAUCGACCUGCUGAGCUUCCUGACGGGAGCGCGCGCCAACCGCGUCCACGGGUUACUGCGGACGUUCGUCCAGCAGAAAGGGACGAUCCGAGGCAUCCGCCGCGUCACCAGCGACGACUUCUGCUUCUUCCAGAUGUUGAUGGGCGGGAACGGGCCGCCGGGCGCCGGCGCCGUCUGCUGCACCGUCACGCUCAACUUCAACAUGCCGGGCUCGUCGGUGCACGAGGUGAUGGUGGUGGGGUCGGCGGGGCGGCUGGUCGCCAGGGGGACGGAGCUCUACGGCCAGCGCAACGGAGGGAAAGGUGAGGAGCUGUUGCUAGGCGACAGCGGGUGGGCGGGGCCCGAGGCGAAGGAGAUGCCGCUGCCUCUCCUGCGGGGGCUCGGCGCCAUGGUGACGGGGCUCAGACAGUCGUUCCAGGCUCACCAGGAGCGCCGCUCGUGGGCGCCGGGGCCCGUGGCGAUGGCGCCGACCUUCGAGGACGGGCUGUACGUGCAGACGGUGGUGGAGGCGGUGAAGCGCUCCAGCUGCAGCGGCGAGUGGGAGAACGUGGAGGUGAUGAGUCAGGAGCCCGACCCCAACCACAACCUGUGUGAGGCGCUGCAGCGGAACAAGAGCUGAACACGUCUCGCUCCCAAACACUAAACUGAAUGUUCCUGAUGCUCACGUUACCAUGACUACUUGUUUUACAUUUUCACAUGUUGAGCAGAAUAUUCUGCGUCAGAAAACACGGCUGUGUUGUGGCUGUUUGUUCCCUCACAGUUAGGAUUUGUUUGUACACUAAAUUAGUUCACCACAGCUCCAUUAUUCUGAUCCUAUAAUACCUGUAAUAAUCUAUAAUAUAUAUCUUUCCUAUAAUCUAAUAAUACCUGCGCCCCGUUUACACAUUUAUUACCUGCACCACGCCAAAAAGUUCUUACUUAAACAGGAAGUCAUGACAACAUUUCCUGCUAAAUAAGUUUCAUAAUCUGUCAGCAAGGCACCACAACUAUGUCAAAUAUUAUCUAUUAAUAUCCUCGAGAGUCAAAACACAACCUGACCAUUUCCUUUAUCCACUUCAACAUUUGUGUCAAGAUAGAAAGUUACUGAUUAAUCACAUUGAUCCAAUGAGCUUCUACUCUAUUCUUGUGAUUGGACAGAGUUCAGCUCUUCCUGAGGAAUAAAGGGCUGCAACUAACGAUUAUUUUCAUUAUGGAUUAUUUAAACGAUUAAUGGAUUAGUUGUUUGGUGAAUAAAAUGUCUAAAAAUAUCAAUGAGUGUCUCCAAACCACAAGAUGACGUCCUCAAAUCUCUUGUUUUGUCCACAAACCAAAGAGAUAUUCAGUUUAUUGUCAUAAAGGAACAAAGAAACCAGAAAUAUUCACAUUGAAGAAGCUGAAAUCAGAGAAUUUGGACUUAUUGUCUUUAAAAAAAACUGCUCAAACCAAUUAUUGGAUUAUCAAAAUAGUUGACGAUUAAUUUAAAAAUCGAUUAUUGUUCCAUUAAUUGAAUAGUUGUUGCAGCUCUAGAGGAAAGCCAGAAUAUUUUAAAUAUAGACUUUUUAAAGUGAAGAGUUACAGAUCUCCUUUCCCCAAUAAAUCAAUAAAUAAAUAAAUAAAUCAAUAUGGUUGUGUCGGCGUGAUCUAAACUAAGUGAAGUUUGUGUAAAAGCUUCUUCUUUCUUCUAAUAACCUGUUUUGGGUCCGAAUACGUCGUUUUUUAGUCUUUUGGCUCAAUUUAAAACAUGAAACAGUCCAACACAGAAACAUUUUAAUAUCUAUUGUACAUAUUAUUUACAUCUAUUUUGGUGUUUAUUUAUUCCUAACACGAAUAGCACCUUAUUGUGAAAGGACGUGUUUACCUGAGGCCUGAAUGUGAUUAUUAUUAUUAUUAUUAUUAAAGCAUGAGGAGCAGAUUUGACUAAUAAAACACCUUCAUCAGCCUCUGAACUCAGAAUAAUGGAGCUGUGCAGAGUUUCCUUUUAUUUUUUUAAUUGUUGUCAUUUGUAAUAAUAAGCAGUUUAAAGAUUGAAAGAGGGGCUCGUAGGUUUUUAUGUUCUGACAUUUAUAACAAACCAGGGAUUGAGUUUAAUAAGCUAUGUUGAAAACUGAAUAAUAGAAAGUAUAAUUUGUAGCAUCGCCCCUCAAAUUCUUCAAGACGAAUAGUUAAAGUGAUUCUUCAUCUGAAAUGUUUGUUUCAUAAGAAGUUUCCUUCUUCACAGUGACAGAGAUUAUUAUCUAAACGCCAUCAUGUUCAGCAGGGCUGGGUGAUUUAUCACAUAUACUGUCAAUAGGAUAUAAAAUAUGUCAAUUAUAUAUGUUUUUCUCUAUUGUUUUUAAUGUUUGCAAAGCUGAACUGCGUUUAGGGUUGUCACCAUACUAAGAUGUUCAACUGGAUACCACCAGGAUAAAAACAAAGACCCCAAAAUUUAACAGAAAUAUUUUUAUUAUCAAGAAAAAUGCAACAUGUAAAAAUGAACAGAACCACAGGUUAAAUAUUUAUAAUAAAAACAGUUGUGCAAAAAGAAACUGCAACUAUGAUAACAAGCUUCAGGUCUGAGGUAGUGCAACAAAUAAAUAAAUACAAUAAACAAUAACAAUUAGAACAAUAUUUUGAGGUUGUAUGCUGUGCACAAUAUUAGGCAAGCUUGAUAAAAAAAUAAUAAGUGUUCAUUCCUUGGCUAGGUAUCAAUAUUUUGAAAAUAAGUGUUCAUUAUUUAACGUUUUAGUAUCGAUACUUUUUUGAGUAUCGAUACUUCUGACGACCCGACAGCAUCACAGAAACACGUUCUGUUUGCUAACAUGUCGUUUACAAAACUAGUCUUUACCAUGUGGUUAUUCCAUAAAGAAUAUUUAUUAUUUAUUGAAUUACCAGAAAACAUGCCAUAUCAUGAUAUAUGUCAAGUUAUGAAAUGUAUUGAGACAGAUUUAUCACCCAGCUCUGGUGUUCGUCAUCAUUUCAUCAGAAUAAACUACCUGUAGAUAAAAACACUGAACACAGUGAGAUUCUGCUGAAUGUUUGCUGGAACAAACUGAACAUAUGGAAGGAGAGAGAUGGAUUAUGACUUCCAGAAAGAGAUUUAUAUGGAUGUUUGGUUUUCUCUGUGAGAACUCACCAAUCACAAUGAAUUCACUGGUUGAAACCGACUGUGAAGAAGGAAACUUCCACCUGUCCAGUUUACACACGAGGAGAAUCACAUGAAAUAUUACAGAAACAGGCUUCUGCUACAAUUUACACAUUAAUGACCUUUUAUUGCUAAAUUGUCAAAGUUUUAGACACAAAGCCUGAAGGUGUUUGACAACUAAAUUUAGUUUAAAAUGUGUGUAAAAGGUUUGUUUACAUGUUAACCAUUGAAGUCAUUUUAUAUGUUUUUUACAAGUUUAUGUUUCAUGCAAUCUAUGCAUUUAGAGUUAUUCCAGAUACAUGUCAUACUGAAGCCAAACUGAUGUUUUCAUGGAGUAGAACCACUGGAUCUAAAGGUGUGAGCCUCUAACCUGCUCAGAGUGUUUGAAACAGUUUACCGUAGUUGUAGUCACUCACUGAAUAUCCAGAGUCAUAUUCAAUAACUAUUAUUAAAUUAAAUAAGUACAUAUUCACACCACUGAGGUGAAGAUAGAAGCAGCUUUGAUUUGAUUGGUUUGUUCUUUAAAAUAAGGAUUCAUCCACGUUAACGCUUUACAGAAACAAUAACCAAGUUUACAUCAAGUGUCUUUAUAAAACACAUCACAUUCAUAACCGCCACUAUUCAAUAAUUAAACAACAUUCCAACUGAGUUUUCACCUUCUUCUUGUUCUUGUUUUUGCACUGAUAACUGAUAAAAUGCCACAUAUUUAAUAAGCAGUGUGAAGCUUGAACCAGCCGGCUCGCUGCACAAUGAACCUAACAUGCGUCUGUAUAAGGAAGACUUUUGUAUUUAUUUAUGUGUUGGUGCGGAGAAAGUUUCCCAUCAUUUAUUCUGUUCAGUGUUUGUGUUUUCAGCCUGUGAAUUUCUGUUGUCAUAUUUAUCUUGUUUAGAUUUAGUGUUUUAAUUGAUAAAUUGGCUUGUUGAGCACAACGUGUUGCAUUUAAGUUGGGAAACUGUUCUGUUGAUGUGCCUGAAAGAUAUUUCCUUAAAUAAAUACAGUUGUAUUCA